AUGGUCGACUUCUAUGACAAACGUGAUGAGUUCGAAUUUCGAAUUGUCGACAUCUCACUUCUCAGCAGUAACAUAUCCUCUGCCUCGUCGUAUAGUGUUUACAUAUCUCAACCACUCCAUACAAGAAUGACUAAAAGAACAGCAAGAUUGCUUGUUCUUCUGCUCUGGGUAUUUGCAUUUAUAAUUGCUUUGCCAACAGCCAUGUUUUCUCAAAUCCAAUAUUUGCCAUAUGAACCAGGAUCGAACGGAAUUUGUAUCGAAAUAUGGAGCAUGUACCAAUUACGAUUCAUCUACAGCAUCAUUAUACUAUUACUACAGUAUUUCAUGCCCUUACUGAUAAUGAUAUGCGCAUACGUCCACAUUGGGUAUAUGAUUUGGAAUAAAACUAUUCCAGGAGAGGCUGACAGAAAAAGAGAUAGGAGAAUUGCAUCGUCUAAAAGAAAGGCAGAAAAAAGAUUAUCAACAAUUACUCUAAUGGUUUCUCCUAACAAGAAGAAAAGGAGCAGUCCAACAGAAGCAAAAGGAAACUCUUAUUUCUUAGACCUUAUAUCUCAAAUUAAGGAAUCAUCAGUAACAGAAGUUACUUUAGAUAAAAGUAGCAUGAUCGACACUGUCUUGUGA